GGCCGCGUAACCAUAUGACGAUGUUUUGGGUGCGAGAUUGACGCUAAGCAGCCUCGUUUGGCUUCGGAUGACUGCGAUUAGGGCCUGGUUGGGGUCCCUUCCCGCCAGGAGAGCUCGACUCAUUCCUUCGUUUUGACUAGGGCGCCGACUUGACCUUUUCCAACUUUAAUCUUUCUCAAGACCCUUUUCUUUACGAUCCCCUAGAGACUCAACAUCUAGAAAAGUGAUUCCGUAUGCACGCGCCGUGAUACAAAAAUGGCCGGUGCCAGCACCCUAUUCCACUUGGCUUCGUGGCUGUUGCUACUACUGCCUGUGGUCGUGACGGCAACCAACGCGACGCUGCCAGCCACCCGACGAGCUCACCAUUCGAUCGCUAUUCUAAACAACGUAUUAUAUAUCGAAGGCGGCGAGAUUGCCACGGGAGUCGGCAACGAGACAGCAGCAGUGAACAAUACAUUAUAUGCCUCCCUACCAGCACUCAACACGUCACAAACUCUCGACAACAUCACUUUUCAAGAAAUAUCAAACCAUCGACCACCAGCGGCGCGCGACUUCGCCCUAUGGGCAGUGGAUUCAUCCUAUAGCUCUUAUAGCAGCUCCGGAUCGUCAAAGGGUGCCCUCUAUCGCUUCGGAGGCGCUACACCCAACAAUGGCAAAGCCAACGACGUGAACCGCGCUUUAUGGGCGUUCCUCCCGGUCUCGUUCCCCGGCGGUGGGAGUACGGGCAUGGGCCUCUGGGACUCGCAGCCCGCGCCUCAAAAUUCAGCCGUUCUGCAAAAUGCGUCGCUUACAUCCAACGCUCAAAGCAUAUUCUGCGGUACUGGUGCCGUGUACAUUGGCGGCUCUGUCACAGCGUCAACAGAUGUGCACUCUCAACUGGAUAGCGGCGACAGGCAGCUCUCCAGUGAUGUUUUGUACUUCUCUGCUGGCUCAGAUGGAUGGAAAAAGUCCAACGCCUCCCUCACGUCAAAAUAUACGUCCGCAGCUCUCCGUGACAGAGGGCAAGCAGCCUGUGUCAGAGCUAUAGGCAGUAGGUAUUUAUACAUGGUGCCCACAUUUGGCGGGUUUGUCCCUUCCGAUAAGGGGCCACCACAAUUAGCAAACAUGUCAACCAUUCACAUGUAUAAUCCGGAGACAGAUACGUGGUACGCACAGACCGCAUCAGGCGACAUACCACCAAAGAGGUCCGACUUUUGCGCUGUCACCGCAGGAUCUGAUUCUCGAGCUGAUGUCUUUGUAUCUGGGGGAAUUGGUGAAGACGGUCAAACAUUGGACGACAUGUACAUCUUGUCUUUCCCAGGCUUUCAUUGGUUCAAAGUCCCAGUGAAAUCCACCCCUCGCGCCCAUCACGCGUGUACGUCUUAUGGUAGUUCGAUGAUUGUGUCGGGUGGUCUAGCGGCAGAUGGGGACUGGGCCACAAACGACGUGUGGCCUCAAAGCCUCGGCAUCUUCAAUAUGUCAACUCUCCAGUGGCAGUCUACCCUAACUGGCUUUGAAGCCAGCUACUACAGAUAUGGCUACGAACCCUCCCAAAAUAUAACAGACUGGUACACCAGGGGUGGAAUGGGCAGAGUAAGAUGGGACGACGACAAUAUCCGUCUUUUUGUACAGAACUCAACUUCCUACUAUUACGGAGACGAAGAGACAAAAAGAAACGCCAUCAUUGGUGGCUCAGUCGGCGGUGCAACAUUUCUAAGUUUGCUCGGUGCUGCUGCAUUCUUCUAUAGACGUCGUCGACGUGCUCAUCGCACGCGGGAUGCCGAGGCACAAGCUAAAGAAUACGACUCAGAGGAUGACGAUCCCCCAUCGCCAACACAUAGCGAGUUGAGUGGAGAUGGUGAGGUUAAAGAAGCAGGCUCAGACACUCUCAGAUCCGAAUUGGACGGUAACACGCGGAGCGAGCUGGCUGGAACAGCGAGAAGCGAAUUAUCGUCUGGUGUAGAAGGCAACAAGGAGAAAAUGGACGACGCAAGCAGUCAGAGCACCUGUGUGUCCUGCAGAUGCAAGUCAGUCCGGUCUUUUACAUCGUUCAAAGCGCAUGACGACGAGGCCACAAUACAAGGAGACGAAGAGGAUGAAGAAGACAUUACGAGCCAAUGGGCAGCAGCAACAGCGGCCAAGAUGAGCGGAGCGCGCUCAAUUUACGAAUUGGAAUGAUGAAAUGAAGUGUAUAAAUUUUGUAUAUAGCAUAUUAAAUACCUCGCGUUAAAAAAGACUGACGCCAAACUAGUCCACCAAAUACAUCUCUAUCAAGUAAGUUUUCAUCGAUCUAUACCUCUCCAAUUUUAUAGGCACUAACCAAUCCUACCUGAUCUCUAGUAGUAUUUUCUUUUACCACCAUCUAUACCGUCAUCGAAUUCGCUAGGACAGAAGAAAGUCUUAUACAUGGGCAGCCUCAGCCAUGAUUUCUCUUCCCACCUCAUGCAUGCCCUUGACCAAACCUUCGACCGUUCCGGCAAGUGUCUGGAAGUUGACGACGAUUCGGAAGAACUGACCUCUAGGGCCCGGCGCAAAGUCAAACAUGAAGCCACGGGGGACCAUUCUCUUGGCAAUCUCGCGUGUAAGUCUCGUGUUGACCUCGGCAUCAUCGGUAGCGAAUCCGUCGGGAGUGUAGUAGAAGCACACUUGCAAGCAAGAAGGUGGGUUCUCUGAGAUGAGUUCAAAGUCGCGCGACUUGGCGACCAGGUUGGUCAAGAGGCCAGCCAUGUCAAAGGCAUGGUUGACAUCAGCCUCGAAGCCAGCAGGGCCAAAGUACGUCCAUGCGAGGGCCAGCUUGAAGCUAUCGGCACGACGGCCGCACUGCAGCGUCAAGUCGGCCAAGUCCCAGACAUCGCCGUCCUCAGCUUCGUGGAACAGAUAUCCGGCGCGGAGUGAGUUGGCGGCAUGGAAGCGGCGUAGAUCGUUGGUCAGGAUGAAGGAACAAGUCAUGGGGACAUUCAGCAUCUUGUGCGGGCUAAUAGUCACAGAAUCCGCCAACUCGACACCAUCGAGCUUGUGUCGGUGCGCGGCAGAGAAGACAACAGCACCGCCCCAAGAGCCGUCCACGUGCAGCCAGAGACCAAACUCGUCACACACGGAUCGAAUCUCACGAAUGGGGUCGUACAUGCCGCGAACAGUGGUACCAGCAGUAGCAUUGACAUAGAGCGGCGUCAUGCCCUUGGCAGCGGCCUCGAGCACCAUUUCCCUCAAGACAACACUGUUCAUGCAGCCGCGCUCAUCAACAGGGACCUGGAGCACAGCAUCUGCACCGAAGCCGCAGGCCACAGCGGCCUUUUCAAUAGAAAAGUGGCAGUCGACACUAGUGAAGAUGGCGAAGCGGUGGUUGCCCAUACCGCCCAUCUUGGUAUCUGGGAAGAGCACAUUACGCGCGGUAACGAGCGAUGUGAGGUUCGAAGCGCUGCCGCCCUGGCAUGUGAAACCGCCCGCAUAUGGACCAGUGAAGCCAAAGUAUGCAGCAAGCUUGCGUGCCGUCUCGCGCUCAAUGACAGUCAGAGCGGGUGAAACGUGGUAGACGUGGACGUUCGUGUUGAGGGCGCCGAGGACAAGUUCAGCAACAAGACCGACGGGGUUUGUGCUGGCAGUCAACUUGUCCAUGAAGCCUUGGUCCCAGGUGUUGACGCUGUACUUGAGGACAUCUUCAACAGCAGACAAAAGACCGUCACGGCCGCGGCCCUUGUGGGAGGGGAGGGAGAAGUUGUAGCGUUGGGUGAGUUCGGCGGGGGAAAGGGGCUGCACGAGGACGGUGCUUGUAGGGCCUGCUUGGCCGGUUUGCUUGUGUGGUGCGGCCUCGUCGGCGGCGCGGAUGUAGGGGAUCAGGAGGGAUUUGACGGCUUCGAGGAGGUCGUCGGCCUCGUCGGCGCGGUUGAGGAUUGUUUGGGAGCGGCGCAGCGAGGGUGCAAGCACGGGGUGUUCUUCGAUGGACGGCAUGGUGGGCGGUCAACUGUGUGUGUAUAUGGGUUUGUGCUUGUGCUUAGGUGUAAGAGUAUGUAUGGUAUAAGUGUAACUGUAUAAGUGUGGUCUGAGAGGGAAACAAAGAAGAUGGGCGAUGGAGUUAACGAGAAGGGGAAAAAGAAGAGGAUGAGAAAGAUGGAGAGACAGAAUUCGUCUGGAUGUGAGUGCGUGGGAGUCUGUAUGUAUUGGUUCCCAGCCAACCAGUGGAAGAGUAUAUCCGAUAACCACAGAGGUUACUUAAUCUUCACUCAGCCUCUGCUGCUACCAGCACCGCUCACUCCUCCAGCUGCCGUUCCGUUCCCAUUUCGGACCGGAAUACCGACAGCCUUCUUCUUUCUUCUUGCAUCCCGGGUUUCCAAUCACGACAACAGCACAAAUGCUAACACGAUAUCACCAC